UAGCGCUGAAAAACUUGUUGUUGUCGUGGAAAAUGGCGUCAAACGUAGAGGCCCCGGAACGCUGGUACCUCGCCCUUCUCGGCUUUGCGGAGCAUUUUCGAACCUCUAGUCCGCCCAAAAUCCGAUUGUGUGUGCAUUGUUUACAGGCAGUGUUUCAGUUUAAACCUCCACAGCGGAUUGAAGCCCGGACACAUCUUCAGCUGGGCUCGGUUCUCUACCACCACACCAAGAACAGCGAGCUGGCACGUAGCCACUUGGAGAAAGCGUGGUUUAUAUCUCAACAAGUCCCUCAGUUUGAAGAUGUCAAAUUUGAAGCCGCCAGCAUUUUGUCAGAACUCUUCUGCCAACAGAAUUUGGUGGACUCUGCAAAACCCUUACUGCGGAAGGCUAUCCAGAUAUCACAACAAACACCUUACUGGCACUGCAGGCUGUUGUUCCAGUUGGCUCAACUUCAUACUCUGGAGAAAGACUUGGUGUCAGCAUGUGACCUGCUGGGUGUUGGAGCCGAGUACGCCCGAGUGGUUGGGUCAGAAUAUACCAGGGCAUUGUUUCUCUUGAGUAAAGGAAUGUUACUGUUAAUGGAGAGGAAGCUUGGGGAGGUACAUCCUCUGCUCACACUGUGCGGAACUAUUGUUGAAAACUGGCAGGGAAAUCCCAUCCAGAAGGAGUCCCUCAGGGUCUUCUUCCUGGUUCUACAAGUCACACACUACCUGGAUGCUGGACAGGUAAAGAGUGUGAAGCCCUGUCUGAAGCAGCUGCAGCAGUGCAUCCAGACCAUUUCUACACUCCACGAUGAUGAGAUUCUGCCAAGCAACCCAGCUGACCUCUUCCACUGGCUUCCCAAGGAGCACAUGUGUGUCCUCGUCUAUUUGGUCACAGUGAUGCACUCGAUGCAAGCAGGUUAUUUGGAAAAGGCCCAGAAGUACACAGACAAGGCUCUGAUGCAGCUAGAGAAACUGAAGAUGUUGGACUGCAGCCCCAUCCUCUCCACAUUUCAAGUCAUUUUACUGGAGCACAUCAUCAUGUGUCGACUCGUCACAGGCCACAAGGCUACUGCAUUACAAGAGAUCUCUCAGGUAUGUCAGCUGUGCCAACAGUCCCCCAGGCUCUUCACCAACCACGCUGCUCAGCUUCACACACUAUUAGGCCUAUACUGUAUCUCAGUCAACUGUAUGGAUAAUGCAGAGGCACAGUUUACGACAGCCUUGCGACUCACCACACACCAGGAACUGUGGACAUACAUUGUAACCAACUUGGCCAGUGUCUACAUAAGGGAAGGAAACAGACACCAGGAGCUGUAUAGCCUCCUGGAGAGAAUAAAUCCAGACCAUAACUUUCCAGUAAGCUCCCAUUGCCUCCGUGCUGCAGCCUUCUACAUCAGGGGACUACUGUCCUUCUUUCAAGGACGCUACAACGAGGCAAAACGCUUCCUGAGGGAAACCCUUAAGAUGUCUAAUGCUGAGGAUUUGAACAGACUGACUGCCUGCUCCCUGGUUCUGUUGGGUCACAUCUUCUACGUACUGGGCAACCACAGAGAAAGCAACAACAUGGUGGUACCUGCCAUGCAGCUGGCAAGCAAGAUCCCUGACAUGUCUGUCCAGCUCUGGUCUUCAGCCCUGUUAAAAGACCUGAACAAGGCCCUUGGAAACACCAUGGAUGCCCAUGAAGCGGCCCAGAUGCACCAGAACUUCUCUCAGCAGCUGCUGCAGGACCACAUCGCUGCCUGCAGCCUCCCUGAGCAUAACCUCAUCAGUUGGACUGAUGGCCCUCCCCCUGUCCAGAUUCAAGCCCAGAACGGCCCAACCACCAGCCUAGCAAGCCUGCUAUGAGAAAACACGUGUCUAAGAUGACGGUAGCUUGUAUAUCGUUGUAAGCAAACAGACUGGUGCCGAACAACCUGCUAUCAGACCACUGUAGCAGGUCACAGAGUACAGGCCUUCACUUUAUUGGCUUCUACACAUUGCUUCCUGAUUGUCUGCUAUCACAUUUUCAAAUGUUAAAACAAACUACAACUACUGUUGUACAUGUAUUUCAUGCUCUCUGAUGGCAUAGAUGCUACCACGCUACGAGGGUUGGAUUGGAGUAGUGGAGGACACAAAGCGACAUGUGAAGGGGAAUCCCUGCCUCAGAGAAAGAUGGCCUUCUCUACGUUUCUUUUCCAUUUGUUGGGAAAACAAAAAAGGUAGAUAGGGGAGCAUGCAGAGGAAAUUAAUUUAUUCAUGUUGAUAUUUUUGUAACUGUUGGUAAAUAUUUUUCACCUUGCCUUUUUGUUUGUAAGCAUCCUUCUUUUUUUUUUCUUUUUUUUUCAUGCAUGGAAGUUACUGAUGCGGACUCCCUGUACAUUAGUUUCUGAUCUGGGUUCCUUAUAAGACAUUCUUCGUAGAUACUUUUUGCACAAUAUCUAUAUUUGAAAGAAUAGGGACAUGUAAAAUAUUAUCACGCAAUCAGUUAAGAAGUUUCACAUAGGCAGUAUGCAUUGUAUUUGAACAGUGCACAAUCUACUGCGUGCAGUUCCUCUAUGGACCAGAGUAUGCGUCACUUUCGGUUCGUUCAUGAGCAAAGUUUGAAUACUUCAGAAUUUUUAUCCUCAGAGGUUUUGAAGGUGCCACAUACCCAUUAAAUGACACAUUGAACUGAUGUAUUGUUUGAAGUUCCUUAUUGUAUGAAUUUUCUCUCGAUGUAUUAAUUUUUACAAAUCAUUGAGCUCAUUUUAAUCUUCAGAUAUUCAAAAAGUCUUUUAUUUUGUUAUAUUUUAAUUUGUCUUGAUAGUUCUACUAAAGGGUUUCUUUUCACUUUGUUUGUAUAGAUUUGCCCCUUUGUUGAACCCUUAUUGUACAGUGACAUUUUAUAAAGUCAAUUUAGUAAAGUGUGAUAUGUAUUUUUAGCUAUCCUAUGUAGAAAUCUCAAUGCUUGGUAUUUAAGGCACUCUGUACUGACACAGUUUAAGCUUAAGUACAAGCCAUACCCUAUUCUAUCCAAUGCCCAUGUUUUUAAUGCUUACCUAGUUUUCAAUAAUUUUCCAAUAAAAAUCUGAUUGAAA